GGAAUUCAGCCAGGCUUGGAAAUUAAAAGAUCGACAUAUAGUCGGGAACAAAGACAAGGCCUGUCUAGCUACCAAAUGAGCUACCCUAUUGUUUCGUCGACCUACAAAUCGUACAGUGAAACCUAUGGUUGAAGCAAAAAAAAUUGACUAUCUCUUCCAAAAUUGCCCCUAUCCGAUUAUCCCGAACAUCCUUCCAGAUAAUUUUCUCAAUUAUCACCUGGGCAUCAACUUCAAAUCUCAUGACAGUGAAUCCAUUAGCCAAACACCAGUCAAUUGCCUCCCGUAGGACCAGAGCUUCAACCAUCAUUGGAUCACCAAGGAAUGGGAAAUGAACCCCCUUCGCAAGGAUAACCGCUCUAUCAGAAUUAAGGAUAACCAUCCCCCCUGCCAAGUGAGAUCCCAACCGCACAGCCCCAUUCCACAUACAAAUAGCUGUGACAUGCCCAUCAUCUGUUACGAUAGGGCCCGCGGGGGGUGGGGGGGUGGGGGGGAGGCAAGCUGAUCAUUCUGGUCCCGGGGUAAGCUACGCCAUUCUUGCACUUGCUGGUGAAAUUGCCGCAUCAAGGCAGGGAUCCCAAAUGGUUUGCCUUCAAAGAUCACCUAGUUACGGGAUUGCCAAAUCCGCCACAGAACAGCCACUAUAGACACCACCAAAGCAGGGUCCAGCACCACAGGCAACAAUUUCUUCAGAAAGAGCGGUAACGUGUGGCGAGGCAAACCUUCACCCAGGUGGGCCAACCCAGAAUGAUCCCACAAUGAACGUGCCACCGGACACUCCAAGAACAUAUGUUCUAGAGUUUCCGAUGUCGUCCAGCACACCGGACAUCAAGGCAAACAUCCACCUUCUUUUCUCGCAACGCUUCCGUAGUAGGAAGAAUUCUGUGAAAGAUUUGCCAGACAAACACCCUAAGCUUCGGAGGAAUAUCCGCCUCCCACAGCCUGAUCCAACUAGGCUUAUCCAUCCAACUAGCCAAAGCCCUCCAGUGACCAUUCUGACGAUCCAGAUUCACCGCGAUGUAAUACGCAGAUUUAACCGUGAAAAUCCCAUCAGAGGUCGGAAGCCAUAUCAAUUUAUCCUCUAUAUUCUAGCGCGGCAAAGGGAUGGUCUUAAUGGCUCUACAGGUAGCUGGAUCAAACCAUUGACUGAGUUUUUGAUCAUUUCAUCGUCCCUCCCCUUGCUGGAUCACCUCCUCCACCUUCAAACCCUCACCAUCAGAAACCAUACACGGGUUGUCGACUGGAAGAAGGGGAUGUUGCUGGGGGAAUCCAGCUGGACGUUAGCAGAGGGGCCUUCUGACCAUUACCAAUUUGCCAACACAACCCUGAUUCCAACAAUUGACGGCCAAAGAGGAUACUUUGCCACCCCCAAGAGGGACGAGAACGGGCCUGAGCAGUGAGAAACGUCCCAUUGGGGAAGUAUUUACCUUUAUACAUCUGGGCAAUAAGGGACUGGGGUUCCUCAAGGAUACGCCAACCAAUUUUAGCUAGCAAUGCUUGGUUGAAACCCCAUGCCCCCUUCAUGUUUACUUUUACACAAAUUCCUCCAAGAAAUCCACCGGAUCUUAGAUUUCCCUCUUCCACCCCCCACCAAAAUCGGGCUAUAUGCUUGUCAAGAAGGCGACACAGAGCCAGGGGCAGCUUAAAACAGGACAUAACAUGCAGAGGCAAAGCUAAUGCCACUGAUUUAUUCAAUGUUUCCUUAGCAGCCCAUGAUAAUGUUCGCCUCUUCCACCCAUGCAAUCUAGCCAGAAGCUUCUCCUCCAGGUAGCGGAAAGUAGCCAUUUUAGAGUGGACUAUCAGAGAGGGGAGGCCCAAAUACUUAUCUUGGACGCCUACAGCCCCUACUCCCAAUAUUGCCGCCAAGAAUUCCUGAUCAGCAACCGCUAUAUUUUUACUAAAGCACACCGCCGAUUUCUCUAGAUUCACUCUCUGACCACUCAGCUCCUCGUAUUCAUUUAGAACCUCGAUCAAAUUCUCACAUUCUUGGAGGGAACCUCUAAGAAAAAGAUAAGAAUCAUCGGCGAAGAACAAAUGUGAGAUACGAGGUGCACGAGGGGCCACUUUAACACCUUGUAGUUUCCCUUCCGAAAUGGAUUGACGGAGGAGAGCCGCGAAUCCCUCCGUACAGAUGACAAAUAGAAGUGGAGAUAACGGAUCACCUUGUCUGAGCCCUCGAGAAGGGGAAAAAAACCAGCUGGGGUACCAUUCAUAAGGACUGAAAAAGAUGUAGACUGGAGGCAUUCCUGAAUCCAUCCUCGCCAGACCGAGUUAAACCCCAUUUUUUCCCAGAACCCCUAAGAGAAAGGGCCAUUCGACUCUAUCAUAGGCCUUUUCCAUAUCAACCUUCAGAGCCAUAUAUCCCUUCUUCCCACGAGUUUUGAUUUUCAGGUAGUGCAUUAGCUCAUGCCCUAAAAGGAUAUUCUCCACUAUCUGCCUCUCCCGAAUAAAAGCAUUCUGGCCAU